AUGACAGGUCGCACAAAUGUUUCGGAAGUGUUACCAACAGGACAGCUUUCAAACAUUCCGUGGAGAAGAGCCGGCGUGAAAUAUACAAAUAAUGAGGCAUAUUUCGAUGUAAUUGAAGAAAUUGAUGCUAUUAUAGACAGACAAGGCGCUACUGUAUUUUCCGAGAUCCAAGGCUAUAUUGAUUGUUGCUGUAAGCUUUCCGGUAUGCCCGAUCUUACGAUGUCACUGAUUAAUCCGAGACUUUUCGACGAUGUUUCAUUCCAUCCUUGUGUGCGAUUCAAACGCUGGGAGAACGAGCGAGUGCUUUCAUUUGUGCCACCGGAUGGAAAUUUCCGCCUCAUUUCUUAUCAUAUUGGAUCUCAGAACAUGGUCGCAAUACCAGUAUAUGUGCGACAUAGUAUUUCGCUGAAACCAGGAACUUCCGGUCGAAUUGAAUUAACUGUUGGCCCCAAACAUAGCAUGGGGAAAGUGCUGGAAGAUGUUGUAGUUGAGAUGACAAUGCCAAAAACUGUGCAAAAUUGCAUGGUGGUACCAAGCACUGGCAAGUGCUCAUUCGAUCCAACAACAAAACUGCUACAAUGGAAUAUUGGAAAGAUAGAACUUGGCAAGCCCCCAACGCUAAAAGGAACUGCAUCAGUCAGUGGCACAGCAAGUGUGGAACCACCACCAAUUACAGUGCAUUUCAAGAUCAAUCAGCUUGCCGUUUCUGGGCUGAAAGUGAAUCGUUUGGACAUGUAUGGCGAGAAAUAUAAGCCAUUCAAAGGUGUCAAAUAUAUCACCAAAGCUGGGAGAUUUCAAGUGCGCACCUAA